AUGCAGAACGUGGCAGGUACACUACCUACAGUAUAUCCCGAAGAAAACACAAUGAAGGUGAUUAACAGCAAAGAAUACGCAGAUCCGGAUGUAUGUUCAACGCGGAAAAUCAAUAUGAUUGUGGGAACUCAAGUGUUCUUUCGACUUCUAUGUAUUGGACAAAUUAGACCCGCAGGCACUGAUGCCAUUUGGCAAAAAACAGUUUUUGGUUGGAUUUUGUCAGGGCAUAUAACUUCUACAAACCCAAUGCACUGUUUGUCGGCGACAGCAAGCACACUCGAUCCAAUCCAAAGGCAAGUUCGAAAAUUCUGGGAGCUAGAAGAGGGUCGUCGCCAGUUCAAGGGUUUUCAACGGAAGAAAAAAGAUGUGAAGAACAUUUUCUAA